GCGCUUCCGGUUGGCGGAGCCUGGCGGUCAGAGCGGCAGCAGCGGCGGCGGCGGCCGAGACGCGGGGAUGGCGGGCGCCGCGAGCGAAGCCCGGUUUGCCGGGCUGUCGCUGGUGCAGCUCAACGAGCUGCUGGAGGACGAGGGCCAGCUGACGGAGAUGGUGCAGAAGAUGGAGGAGACACAGAACGUUCAGCUUAACAAAGAAAUGACGCUGGCCAGCAACCGGAGCCUGGCAGAAGGAAACCUUUUGUACCAGCCCCAACUGGAUGCUCUGAAAGCACGUUUGACCCAAAAAUACCAGGAACUUCAGGUUCUCUUUGAAGCCUAUCAGAUAAAGAAGACCAAAUUAGAUAAGCAGUCCAGCAGUGCUUCCUUGGAGACCCUGCUAGCACUUCUUCAGGCGGAAGGGGCCAAGAUCGAGGAAGACACCGAGAACAUGGCAGAGAAGUUUCUCGAUGGAGAGCUUCCUCUCGACUCCUUCAUCGAUGUCUACCAGAGCAAGCGGAAACUGGCCCACAUGCGCAGAGUUAAAAUUGAGAAGCUCCAGGAGAUGGUGCUGAAGGGGCAGAGACUUCCGCAGGCCCCAGCUCCGGCCCCGCUGCCCCCCAGGGUGCCCGAACCAGUGCCCGCUGCCGCCCUGCCCUACUCCACCUCGGAGGCCAGCGGGCCCCCGUCAGUCGUGCCUCGGCGCAUCCCACCCCCACCGCCCCCGGUGCCUGCAGGACGGUCAGCCACGCCAUUUACCGCCGCCUUGGCCUCAGGACAGGCCUUUCCGUACCCAGGAUCACAGUGCCCGCCCCUGCCCCCCCGCGUGGGCCUUCCCCCGCCCCAAGGAUUCUCCACACAGUUUGUGUCACCAUACCCGCCACCUCUCCCCCAGAGACCCCCACCCCGGCUGCCUCACCAGCCGGGCUUCAUCCUCCAGUGAGUGGCCCUCGGCCUCCUGGGAGGCUCCCUCACCUGCGCCUGCUGGCCGGGGUUCCGCACACACCGGGGAGGCUUCGAGGACCAGGUGCUCUGCCAAGGGCUCUGGUGCCCUGGGCCGGGAUGUCCAUCUGAUUUUAGAACUGUAGGUCAGUGGUAAGUAGACGUAGAAACCAGUCGUGUACACCCAGGCGGCUGUGUGUGCUGGGCCUCCGCCUGGCAUCCCUGUGGUUGCGCUGGUUUGCGUUCUCGGUAUCAUUUCUAAGUCUCGUAGUGUUGAUGAACUCACGAGUUUGGAGGAAAAAGCCUCCCUCCGUUCCUGUUUAGAAUCGUGGUCCUCCUGUUGCAGCUUUAUCUAGUAAGCAUGGUUCAUCAUUUCUGGUUUGUUUUCAAAAGACAGUUGUGUGUGUCCCAGCCCGCCGCCCGCCGCAGCCCCUGGUACGGGUUGGUUGGGUGGGCUAGCCGAGAAGGUGCUUGCUUAAUCUGUGUGGGGUGGUCGUCAGUCACCCCCUCCUCUCCUGAACGUGGGUGUUUCAAAGCCACACGCAGAGUUUGCACUUGGCCCACUGCCACGGCCUCGCCGGGCGAGUUGCGGCCGGCCCUGAGGAGAUGGCUCUGAGCUGGACUUUGCACAGCAGAUGAUGUUCCGGGCUCUCCUGCUCUCCCUCCGCCUCGAGCCAGCCCUGAGGGUUUCUAUGAAGAAAUACUCCCCCCGUAUUUUUACUACAUGUGUAAUUUUCCUAUUUUUUAUUGGCAAAGAAAACUUUUUUGACACAAGACCAUUCAGGGAAACUAUAAAAAUGCACAUACUGUUCUGAGCAGAGUGAAGUGCACACGAAGUGAAUGCAGUGCCCUUCUUGGAAGUAGUGCCCAGUCGCACCGCGGCCCGUGCUGUGCCUUAGCUUCACCUGGUGCCAGUGAGGGGCAGCCGUGGCUCCCCUGUGGGCCUCAGGACGGGCAGGCGGUGGGGGCUGUUACCAGCUGCUGUUGCCACCACCCUUGGUGGCUCUAGGUUCCACAGGGGCUUGUUUGCAUUGUUUUGUUGCCGCUGGAGGAAAAGUCUGCCCACCUUGAGCCAGGAUCCUCUUAGCCAGUGUUCUCUGCCCCUGGCUGGCUGGGCCUCAGGACACGAGUGGGGCAGGGAUGCCAGCAGCAUUCAGCUGGGUUUGGAGAAGCCCGCCCCCUGAGAUUAGAGGGCCCCAGCACACUCAGACCUCUGGCAGCGCCCCAGGCUCUUCCUUCCCCUCUGGGUUCUCACCCACACGUGCCGAAUUCCCAGGGCUCGUGGGGGUGGGGGGAAGGCCACCCCCCACCUGUUGGCAAAAAAGGGCUGUGUGCUCAUUGGUGAACCCCUGGCCCCAGCCUGUGACCACUCACCCAGCUGGCUGCCACCCAGGUGACAGAAUCAAGGCAGAGCUCAAAUGGCAUCUGUCCCAGCGGGCCACGGGCAAGGCCACCAAACUUUGUACUCAAUUACUGUGCAGUUCUCCUGGACUUGAACUCUGUGUCAUAAUUGUCUUUUUAAAAGCUGUACAGGACUCAGUGCCAUGCCAAUCAGGUGGGCCUACCAUGUUCUGUGAAUCUUGAGAGUGCGGUGCCACCACCUGAUACCUCUGCCACGUGCCCCGCUGUCGGGGUGCCCGCAGCCCGCACGGGGCGCAGCCAAACGUGUGAGCUCGAUGUUGACAUGGUGCAGGGGCCUCCAGGCUGGCCUCGCCAUCUCUGCAGGGCCACGUCUGAGCUGUGUUUGUAAAGCUGUAGGACCCUUUUUAAUAAAGAGAGAAUUGUUAACAACA